CAUAUCCUAGUGGACUGUCGCUCACGACAUUCUGACGCACGAAUGAUACCGAGAAAUGACGGGAUUUCGCAGAGUCCUCUGAGCCAGCACUGAGGUCACGCAAACUAGAGACCCACACAGUCAGAUUUCAGAGCUCUAUGGUGGUCCCAUGUUAAAGACUGAUUGGUUUAUAAGUGCGCUGAUGUUAUCAGAAAGCUAACAAAAAGUUCGUUAACUUAAAAAACAUUUGCGUUCGUUAACUUAAAAAACAUUUGCGUGUGUGAAAGACCCAAGUGAAAAACGUACAUAAUAGAUGGAAUCUGCGAUGGUUCAAAUCUUUUGUACAAUAGCCCUAUUCGGGGCUCUUGGCAUCCACGCUCAAAACACCACCCAUCAAAACUGGAAUGAAGACGCAUCAGCAGCGACGCCCUCAGGCAUCCGAGGCAAAGCGACCUUACUUCGUAAAUCUAACGAAGAGGAGGAGCCACCGCACAAUGUUUCUUCAGCUGCUAAUAAUACAUCUCCAAUGAUUAAUGUUACACUGCAAAGCAUUGAAUAUAAUGAAGACAGUGGAUAUUACUCAUAUUCAACACCUGCAGUCUCCUUCCAAGAAGACGGAUCGAAUGUCAAUGAAACGGCAAGAAAUCCUACCAAAUCCACGGAUAGAAUGACUACAAUACGAAAUACUGUUGUGAACAAUAGCUCAGGAACUCACUCCAGUACAGACACUGACGAUCAUAUCACGGAAUUAACCCCCUUUGAUACCUUAGCAGGAAAAGCAGCUGCGCAGAACAAGGAUGCGUUCCCUCAGGACACUCUAGCCACAGUGGGUAACAUAGAUACUGAAAUGGCAGUCAUCACUCCAGGUCCAGCACAAAAUAAUGUUCCUGAUAUAAAUAAGGAAAAAAACAGGGCUGUAACAGAAAUGAUCAAACUUACUAUAACAGGUAACUCAACUAGAACCACAUCUAUUGUUGAUGUCCACCACAAGACGGUGUCUAACGGCAACGCUGACUCAACUCUUGACCAAGAUGUGCCAUUGAAUGGCUCUCAUCAUUCCCCAGACACAGAUACCUUUGAGGCUUUACGUUUUGACGAAGACGACCACUCUCAUUCGCCUCGAUCCGAGAACCCCCUUCAAGGCAACAGUCAAAAUGCGGAAACAGAAAAUACAACUAAUCUCUGCUCAUCUUGUCUUUGCGACUCUGAGAAAACGAACGUCUUUUGCAAACAUCAGCACGUGCGUCAAGGUUCAGUGCACCAUCUGGAGCUGCACAGCGGUAUGAUUCCCAAGACAGCAACAUUCCUCAAAAUAGCAGACUUUGACAGCGUGAAAAUAAUGAAAGGCACUUUUGAUAAUCAAGAUCUAGAGCUCCGUAAUAUACAGUUUACAAAUAUCAACCAAGUUCAGUUGGUGAAAGAAUCUCUACUUUUUGAUGCCAAGGCAAGGUCAAAUCGAGAAGUUGCUGUAUCAUUCACUGACUGUAACAUAACAGAGAUCCCAACUGAAACAUUCACUCAAUACGCCAGAAGUGAAGACCAGAAAAAUGACAUUGACUUAGAAAACACAAGAUUUUUGACACUCCAGAUAAUAAGAUGCAACAUUUCAACCAUACGCAGCUACGCACUCACACAGGCCCGCCUUUUGUACUUCAAAAUGUCACACAGUCAAGUGAAAGUUAUGGAAGAGCACAGUUUUCAUGUGGAUGUCUAUGAAGACUGGGUCAUGGAAAGCAACCACCUUCCUAAGCUGAUGCCCCACACCAUCUGCCUUCGCAGCCAAAUGCUGGUUAUCUUUUCAAACAACGUUUUCACGGCCAUUGAAAACAGAUCACUGGAAAUCGCCUCUAAUACCCAAGUACUGUUUGAGUUCAAUCGUGUAUUCUACCUAGGAAGCGAAGCACUGGUAGGAAUAACACCAACAGGACGUGGGUCCAAUCUGGUGUUCAUGAACAACACAGUAUUCAAACUUGGGUCCAAAUCUCUUCUCAUAAGUAACAGAUAUCCUCUCCAUGAGCGAAAAAUUCUGGACAACAACUUUAACAUCCUGUGUGAGUGUCAAAUAAAGGAAAAGUUUCUCCCAUUCAUGGAUAUAAGUCACCUCAGCAGUCAUCACGACAAUCUGACCUACAGGAAACUAAUGGAAAGUUCUUCAUGCAGGAGAUACGCUGCUUCUAAUAUAUAUAACAACAUUGAAGAGUACCUGACAAAUAACUGCGCUCCAGUGCCCUUGCCUAUAAUAGUGUCAGCAGCUGCUGUUGUGACAGUUGUCAUAAUAACCAUAAUCGUUUGCAUUGUAUGCACAAAACGCGCUGAAAAAGCCAAGGAAGAGGCCAAUUAUUUAGGUGAGUGCUGCUACUCUCACAGUUUCUCAACACUGAACUCUGGCAAUCCGGCGAGUAUGUCCUCACCUUUCUCAGCAUGCAGCUCAUGGGAGAGAUCAAAGCAAUUACAACCUUGGGUGAUUGCAGUGCCCGAGGUGAAGACUUACCAAGAAACGGAAGUAAAUGUACGAUACGAACAAACGGACCCACUGAAUGCUAGCUUGAGAGGUUCCUAUCAAGAGCCAACCAUUGAUUUUCAACAAAGAGCUGGUGUACGGGCUUCAUGUCCAUUCAACUGAUAUCACUAUCAAUUUUUCUCAAGAAAUAAUUGCACGCUGGUACUUUCUGACCCAGAUUAAUUUUGUGGAUGUUAAAAAAGAAAAGAAAAAGAACUUAAUACAAAUUUACCAUAACAGAAAAUACAUGUGGAAAACACAUGAAGGAAAAAUAUAACUUCUGUAUUUAAAAAUGGAUGGUCAUUAUUUUCAAAUACCAAACAAAAUUAUACGAAUCAAUGUUUACACUGAAUUCAAAUGCGCCAAUUUCAAAGUUUUUUCGGCAAAACAUGCAGGAGUGACAUUCAGAUCGAGCUAAGUACUACCAUCAUUGCCCUUUAUAGAAAAUGUUUCCAGGAGGAUACCAGCUGUAAGACUACUGAGGAAUAAAGUACUUUGACUUUUGUAAAUUUGCACUGUAUGUAUUGUAAGUCUUUUUUUCAUUUAUAGUUAUGUUGGUUUUCUCUCCUGUCUAACGUGCAGAGUGGUCAGAAAUUAAGCAGACUGAGACACUGUCACCUGGACAUGGUAGUAAAUUUAAAAAAGAAAAAUUAAUUUUGAGUGUACAUUUGAAAUCAAGACAGGAUAGUAUGCUGCAUUCCUCUUUUCUAUAUCUGUGGGCAGAAGGCACAGUGGAGACUUGAAAAAUGCUGGAAAGGAAGCUAAAGAUAGAGGAGAGCAAUUGCAAAUGAUAGUUACGAUAUGGACAUCCACUGUAAUUGACAAUUAGUACGUACAUGGAAUGGAAUUAAUCUCCUGAUAAACUGACAAUGAUGUGCGAGAAAAGACUUAAGGGGACUGAGGAGGGAACAAAAUAUACUUGUGAUGUGAAGACAGGGGAAACAGAGUAGUUGAUUGCUUUGCUAACUUCAGAUUACGAUUCUGACAAAAUUCCUCCCGGUCUCCUGGCAAAGCAUGACAAGGAGCUCAGUAAAUAUAAUUUUAAACGACACUCAACGACACUUUUGAGCGUCCCAAACAUGUGACUUUGAGAUGACAAUCACCAAUGACCAAUGUCUGCGAAGCUUCAGAACUGGUCUUGCAGCAGGAAGCAAAUCUGAACCCAUCAAUUCAAGUACAUACAAAUGAAGCUUCCUAAAAGACGAGGUAGAAAACACAACUUUGGCAUUAAUACUGGUGUCACAAAAAAUAAACUGCUAAUCAACCAAUACAAAAAUGCAAAUUGAAGGAUGCGAUAUAAACCACAAAGAAAAUAAACUGCAGUAUUUACUGCUCAAUGGGAAGAGCUGUACGAAGAGAAGAAAAUACCAAAAUGAAGAAGAUACUGAAACGAAGGCAAUAGAAGUAAAAAGAUUUCCUGGGUGCAACUCUGCUCAGCUAUGACGAAUGAUGGUACGUAUGCACUACCGAGAACAUACUUUCAUAUGCAAAUUAUAUCAGUGAUAAUUACUGAAUUGACAAAAGUUAUGUUUUACGAAUUUCAUUAUUUGUAAGUGAAUAAUGUAUUUGGUUAAUUGUCCUCCUUCCACCGAAAUACUGAGGAUUACCUCAAACUUUUGAGGUGUGAUAAUGUAUUAAGAAAUAUGUAUUAAAUCACUUUUACUGAAAUUAAUUAGAUAUUUUGAUAA